AUAGUUUUUGUUGUGACCGUGCAUAUGGCGACAGACACAAUUGCUGCUAACACUCGUGCCGUGUAUUUUGCGCAGCUGUAGUAGUAAUAACAAUAUAGCAACCACCUACGGUCGCUAUUGUUUGGCUACCUGUAACAUUAUCGCUACGCUUCGUAUUGUGUAUCCCGUCCUUUUACUUACAACAAAAAUUCCUGUUCGGGGUGAACCGCCCAGGAAGAAGUUCGGGAGUAGACCGGUUACACAGCAUUAUGAGCUAAGCGUUGCCUCGCACUGUCUUGGUAGAAUAUCAUAAAAAUAUCGUACAGAAAUGUAAAAAUCACAUUAUUAUUUUUUUUUUUAUUGCACCCUACCAGUUUGGUAGGUACACAUAAUAUAUAUAUAUAGGUAAUAUAGUACCCGAAACAACACUACAUUAGAGAGACUUUAAUAAUGUGUGCUAUCAAUGGGAAUGUUGAUGUCGCCACUGAAACGACGGACUCGCUGGUAUUUAAACCACUUGCUACAGUUAUAUACAUCUGUGUAUGUAGCUACCUGUUAUGGGCUGUGACAAAUGCCGGGCAGCGGCUUAACGCAACGGUUUACCGGCGAGAGAAAAGAGUCGAUGUGAAAACGUCACAGUCCAAACCAAAAAAGUCAACAUCCACCACAGUCCGAAUGAAAGACAACAAAAUCAAAAAUACGAGCACAGCACAACUACAGAUUUGUAACGGUAGUGGGCCCAAAUCUGACACAAUUAUUUAUAAUAUUAAGAGGUCAUCAAACCAGAAAAUGGAGAAUCUAAGACAAGAGGAAGACUUCAUUAUUGUUGUAUCCAAACGUGAACGCCGACGUCUACAACAGCUAAAGGCGCAAAAACAAGAAAAGCAACAAGAACAAAAAAACCAAGAAGAACAACUACAGCAUCAAAAACAAGAUAAGCAACAACAAAAAAAACAAGAAAAGCAACAAGAACAAAAAAACCAAGAAGAACAACUACAGCAACAAAAACAAGAUAAGCAACAACAAAAAAAACAAGAAAAGCAACAAGAACAAAAAAACCAAGAAGAACAACUACAGCAACAAAAACAAGAUAAGCAACAACAAAAAAAACAAGAAAAGCAACAAGAACAAAAAAACCAAGAAGAACAACUACAGCAACAAAAACAAGAUAAGCAACAACAAAAAAAACAAGAAAAAUCACAGGAGCUAGAGAGACACCAAAAAAAAAAUCAAAAUAAGCAACAACAAAAACCACAGGGACUAGAAAGGCAACAAGAACAAAAAAAACAAGAGGAGCGAAAAAAACUAGAGAAACAACAACAAAAACCAAAAAAUCAACAACAGUUAAAAAAGAAACGACCUCAAGAAAAACCACAGCAACCGAAUAAACAGCAACAUGAUAAUUUAUUGCAGCAAGAAAUCAUUACACCUACUAAUAAUGACAUUACUGCUACACUGACUAAAUUGCCUAAGACAGUUCUACUCAAUGAACAACCAGCAUGUCAGAGUUGCCAAUUGAAUGAUAAAAAGUCUGAAGUUAACGUAACUAAAGAACUUUUGUGCAUUAAGAACGAAUCUUUGAUUAAAUCAUUCCUAGCUGAUUGCGACAAAGAAUUGAAUGCUGAACGUGAUGUCCAACUGGAUGAAAUGCAGAACCUCGAGAACCUGACUGCGUCUCAAGGUACGCAAGGGUUUCCCAACAUGGUCGUUGAAGCGUCACGCAUUAAAAACCAUUGCUCAACUACAGAUUUUGACAAAGAUAACAAGAAGCUGGAGCACUUAGAAAUCGAGAACGCGACCAAGGAUAUCCAUGAGAACGAAAAACGUUGCAAGAAGCAUGACACGAUGAUCAAGGACCUACGCGAGGAAAAUCAAAACAUGCGCGCGCAAUACGAGUUAUCGAUGAAGAAUAAUUGGUCUGACGGUGAAUUUAAAAUCGUGUUGGAAGGCGUGCGUGCAGAAAUUGAAAUGAAAAGGCUGAAUGCAAUUAAAAAGUUAGUAGAUGAUCAUCAGGUGAUGUUGGAACAAUUAAAAAUGGAGCAUGAUGCAGAGGUUAACGGAUUGCAUAUUUAUUAUCAGUCUGUUCUAAAUAAUAUACAAAUGAAUCAUAAUAUGAUGGUCGGGGCUAUACAUAUGAAGCACGAGAAAAUAAUUGAGAAUUUGAAGAAUAUCAAUUAUGAUCAGGGCCAACGAUAUGAAACUGCGAUACAAAGUAUGCGUCAAGAUAAAGUAAAAAUCGGUAAAGAACACCAAACUGAACUACGUGCUUUACGUGAAAAAUAUGAUAGUAUGUCUAAAGAUCACGAGAUUGCAAUGAGCUAUCUAAUAGAGGAAAAAGAACUUUUUCGUGCUGAACAUGAAAAAAUAGUUCAAGAGAUGAGUGAAAAAAAUGAGGAUCAACAUCGUACCACCAUAAAAACAAUAACUAAUGGUCACGACGAUAAGGAUGUCGACACCAGAACAACCACAAUCGCCGAUGACGGUGCUGUAGAUGUGUUAAAGACUGAAAACUCAACGCUGAACCACACAGUGAUAGAUUAAAAGCAAAUAUUUUAUGAUACGGAACAAAAGCUGAUUCAGUUGCAUGAGCACAAUACCAGCAAUGAUUUAGAUCGUUUUUCUCACACGGAAGAGCGGAAGACUAGCAGCAAUUGGACGAUGUUAAAAUAGACACUCUUCAGUUGAAUACCUGCAGUCCACAAAAGAGUCAUGGCAAUAGUAAAAACGUAUAUUAGGACGAAAGUUAUGUGGCAGUGGCUAUGAAAUAUUUACAAAAUACUAAACAAAUGUGAUAGUGAUUAGGUAUUGAUAAUUUAGAUACAUAUUUUUUUAAAUUAAUCGCUCAUGAUAAACUGGGACAGUUAAUAAUCAUUAUAUAUAUAUAUAAAAAAAAAAAUAGGUAAUAGGUAUCAUAAUAAAUCAUAACUUUUUUUAAAUAUGGUAAAUAAUAAUAUAAUAUUUAUCUUCCGUUUUACCCUUCAAUAGUAGCUAUUUUCUUUUAUCCAUAAUGUUUUUAUUUAUUUUUAUUUUUAUUAUUAUAUAAUUUAUUGUAUAAUUAAAAUCACAAAAUUAUGAUUGUUGUGUAUUAAGGCCCCUAUUAUCAUGCGUGUAGUACCUAAUUAUAUUCAUAAUUUACCAUUAUCGUCUUGUGUAUUACUUACAUAAGUUGUGCUGUAGUUGUGUAUCUAUG